AGUGCUGUGUGUGAGCAAAGAGGGGAGGGAGAGAAAGCGACAGUGGCAAAGAACGAGAGAAAAAAAGGGGGAGGGAGUGACAGAGAAGCACGGAACGGCCCAAAGAAGAAGCCAAGGGUGGCUGCCUCUGGAGGAAAAAAUAUUGAGGGGGCCUCACAGAGGGAGGGAAAGCAAGCUAGGAGGCCUCGUAGCGGGAGGAAGCAAGCUAGGAGGCAGGCAGAUUAGCAGCGGUUCUAUGGCUCAGUCGGCUGCUAACGGUGGGGACCAGGAUUUGGCCAGCAAGAGGCUCCACUCAAGGAUGGAGGCCUCUUGCUUGGAGUUGGCCUUGGAAGGAGAGCGGCUGUGCAAGGCUGGGGACUUUAAAGGAGGGACAGCGUUUUUUGAGGCAGCUGUGCAGGUCGGCACAGAAGACCUGAAGACUCUCAGUGCCAUCUACAGCCAGCUGGGCAAUGCUUACUUCUACCUUAAGGAGUACGGCAAAGCCCUGGAAUAUCACAAACACGACCUUACUUUGGCCAGAACAAUAGGAGACAGAAUUGGAGAAGGAAAGGCCAGUGGCAACCUUGGUAACACAUUGAAAGUGUUGGGGCGCUUUGAUGAGGCUGUUGUGUGCUGUCAACGACAUCUGGAUAUUUCUCAAGAACAGGGUGACAAGGUUGGUGAGGCCAGAGCACUGUAUAACAUAGGGAAUGUGUUUCAUGCGAAGGGCAAACAGCAGUUAUGGGGCUGCACCCAGGAACCAGGAGACCUUCCUCCUGAUGUCAGAGACACACUGCAAAGGGCUACUGGCUUUUAUGAGAUGAACUUAUGUUUGGUCAAAGAACUUGGAGACCGAGCUGCUCAGGGGAGGGCCUAUGGGAACCUGGGCAACACCCACUAUUUGCUCGGAAACUUUGUCGAAGCUAUCAAGUUCCACCGUCAGCGAUUAUCUAUAGCCAAAGAAUUUGGGGACAAAGCAGCAGAACGGCGAGCCUACAGUAACCUUGGCAAUGCCCUAAUAUUCCUGGGCCAGUUCAACACAGCCACGGAGUACUACAGGAAAACCUUGCAGCUGUCCAGGCAGCUGAGGGACCAGGUGAUGGAGGCUCAGGCCUGCUACAGCCUUGGAAACACCUACACUCUUUUGCAGCAGUAUGAGAGGGCCAUAGACUACCACCUGAAACACCUGUACAUAGCCCAGGAACUCACUGACAGAGUUGGUGAGGGCCGUGCCUGCUGGAGUCUGGGAAAUGCAUACGUGUCUUUAGGGAACCACAAACAAGCUCUCCAUUAUGCCCGAAAGCACCUGGACAUCUCUAAAGAAAUUGGAGACAGAAAUGGGGAACUGACAGCCAGAAUGAAUGUUGAGCAGCUGAUGGAUGCUCUGGGGGUCAAUGAAAGCGACCUUUCACCCUCUAGUUCAGAGUUUGAGAUGCAAGGAGCAAGACCUAAAUUCACCAAGAGAAACAGCAUGGACAGUGUAGAACUGUGGAAGUACUCUUCAGAUAAGAAUGGCGAGAACCAAGACUUGGAAGGUAUACCCAGGAGAUCCAGGAGUCAGCUGUCGCAGCCAGGUAAAAGAAAAGGCUAUCCUGACAGUCAGUCGUCAGAUGAAAGGCCAUGGUUGGACUCUCCUGUAGAUGCUGAUGACAUCACUGUGCAAGUCCCGCCUCCAGUGCCUAAGCUGGGCCGUGACCCCUCUGAUGAAGACUGCUUCUUUGACCUCCUCAGCAAGUUCCAGAGCAGCCGCAUGGAUGACCAGCGCUGCCAUCUUGAUGAGCCACAGAAUGGAGACAAUGGAGAAGGUGCUGCGAACUCCGUGCCUUCCCUGAACGAGAUUAUAGAUCCUGCGUUUACCACUUCCCCCCAGACUGAGGAGCUGUUUGAUUUGAUUGCUAGCUCUCAGAGCCGCCGUCUUGAUGACCAGCGGGUUAAUGUUGGUAACCUUCCAGGCCUGAGGAUCACCCAUAACAAUCUAGGACACCUGGUGGGUGAAGGAGAUCAUCAAGAACCCAGUGAUGAUUUCUUCAACAUGCUUAUCAAGUGCCAGUCCUCUAGGAUUGAUGAUCAGCGGUGCUCCCCACCAGAAGCAGGCCCCCAUGCCCCCACAGUGCCUGAUGAGGACUUCUUCAGUCUAAUCCAGAGGGUGCAGGCCAAGCGUAUGGACGAGCAGCGGGUCGAGCUGCCCGAAGACGACCAGGACGGCCCUCUGUCCCCCGAUCCAGAGCCACCGGAUGGUUUUUCCAGCUAGGACUUGGUGAAUAACGCUGCACAACUCCAUGUCAAAGAAAAUAAAAGCGAAAGAUAUGAUGAGCCAACAUUUUAAAGGCAGCACUGAAGGGUGAACUAACAAGAUUUUUAAUAACAAGACAAAUUCCAUGUGCAAUAGGUGGUGCCCUGUCAAAUGUUGCUCGAUGUAUUAUGCUCUAAAUGUGUGUAAAUAUAACAAGCAGAAUUUAUGUGAGGAAGAAGACAAUAAGUUUGGGGAAACAUGAUAACAUGAAAUAUGUACUCAUCUAAUGCCUUAAUCAGCAUUUUAUUUUCAGACUUAAGAUUGUAUCCCCUGGUGUGAGAUGCGUUUUGUAGAAGCACAUGAUGGGCAUACAGUGUAAUAUGGACGAUUAAUGUGGACACCUAAAGCACGAGUUAGAUAGAAACAGAGUUGAUAAAAAGAUCAGAGAAAUGACAGAUUUGACAUGAUUGAUAAUGCUUACCAACUGUCUUUAUCAAACCAGUUGAAUUUCCGCCAAAAUACAUCAUUUCAGUUAUGCUCUGAUCAAUGCUGCUUUUGUCAUUACAUUUUUGUUUUUCCCACCGCUCAUAGAAACUGGUGUUAUUUGUGCAGUAUUAUGGAUGGUCAUCCAGUGUUAAACUAACAUCCAUCCACUGAUUGAUAACCACACUUAAUUUUUUUUCUGACAUGGACAAAUAUGAUUCUUUUAAAUUAACAGACUGAGUGAAAUAAGAUUUCUACAUAUGUUAUUUAUGUACAUUUCUAAAAAAAUCAGACAGUAUUCAGUAACCGAGUUUACUGAGCAAAUUAUACAAAAUUGCUGCUUAUUUUAUAGAUUCAAAUUAGAUCUGUGUGAUAAUUCAAGCUCCAAUUAAUGUUUCUGCUUAGCUUUUAAAGUAAUACUAUCUGCUGCUCAUAAUGGUCUCAACAUCUGAUAACAGAUGACUGCUUACUGCCAUUAUUUUUAUUAUUAUUUAACAUGGAAAUAGAAACUGACGGAGAGAAUGGAGGUAUCAAAUGUUGAAGAAUCUAAUACCACGACCGUACCAAUUCUAGGUUGUGCUGCUAGUGUGCUGCCUCCCUGUGGUCAAAACCUUUUAUCACCACAUCUUAUUAUUGGAAGUACAGAGUGCAGUCUAUUGGGGAUAAAAUGCAUUCCCUAGUCUUGAAUAUUUGUUGGAUAACAUUGUAAUGAUUACCAAACAGUACAAGUAUGACAAUCUACUUUCCUCUGGUGUCUGAAACAGUUCUGCCAACUUGCAGCAUAAAUGUGGAGAGUUUUGCAAAUGAUUUCGUCAAGAUCAUUUAAUUCAGUGUAUUUUCAAAAUCAGGUAGAGCUCAGUGUACGUUGCUGUCAAUUUGUUGCUAUGGAAGUUCCAAAAUCAGCAAGAGUGGUACAAACAGCAGAAAGGACAUUUUAAUUGGCUAAGAGUUUGAAACAUUUUGCUACACAAAGCAUCUGUAUAAAGGUACUGUACAAUUUGUCCUCACCUAUGGGCUUGCUUUUUAUUCUGAAGUAGUGCAUACCUCAUUUUUGUACCUCAAAGCAUAUGAACCUUAGAUGUAUUUUGGACUAGGAUGGAUCAUGUACCAAGUUCAUGGUGGUUCUGUUUGAUUCAUCUAUCUUUGAUAAACAACACAUUGGGAGCUAAAGCUAUUAAUAUUUUCAUUUAUUGUUUUUUUGUGAAUUAACAUUUUUAGAAAGUACCUGACACGCUUCUGUUUGUCUCUGCCAUAAUUUGUACAUAUAAAUAUAUUUUGUAUUUAUGUUCCAUUUGAGGACAUGAAUAUGUCCCCUUGUGCUUUUAAUAAAAUGUUUCAGGUG